GCACUGUGAACAAACUGCUGUUCGCAAAGAUGGAGUAGGAGAUACGAGUGUAGCUGACCCUGUUUAAACACUUUCUAAUGCUGUGUUAUAUUUGUAGCCAAAAUCUUUACCUACCGCUGAACCACACCCAUCACUCGGACACCUACUUCAUCGACAUCUUCGCUCGCAAUCUGCGCUGUGCGCUGGUUGGUUUGGCGCUGUUUAUCGUACUGCUGAAUGCGCUUUUGACGCGUAAGCAUGCCCCGGUUCGACACCUGCUGUUUGUGUACGAACUGCUCAGCGGUGCCCGGGCCUACCCGCACCCCAGCGAACACGUGCCGAACCGUACGUUGCAACUGCUGCUCGGAAUCGUGCUGCAGAUCUUCAGCUGUGCCCUGGCGACGUUCCUGGUGGCACAGCUGUCCAUUCCCAGAUCGGAGCUGCCGGUGCACAACUUGAAGGAUCUAGCCAAUCAUCCGGAGUACAAGGUGUGCAUACCGACGUUGAGCAGGUUGGCCAGACACAUUCCUGCCUUGGUAAGGGGUAGCACGCAUCAGAAGCGGUUCGAUCACGACUGUCAGCGCUUGGUGCAGGGGAAUGAUCCGGAAAAGCUGGCCGACUAUAUUUGCGAUCGAAACAAUUUCGUCGUUGUUCUGGCCAGCGAUGCCACGAUGAACCAGAUAUUUCACGAUGCCAAGCUGCUGGAAAGGAUGUGCGAUAUCAUACCGAUCGAAAGGAAAGUCGUAGUCAACUGGCUCGCCCUGCCGUACAGUGGCGCGUUCAAGCACGUGGAGCAGUUGAAGCAGUUCUUCAUUAUGGCGCGCACGACUGGACUGCUGCACAAACCGUACCGCCAUCUGGUGGGCUUCUGGAAUCGGCAACCGAAGCAGAAGAAGAACCGUUGGGCAGAUAUAGAGCUGGCCAGCUUGAAGAUGUUGUUUCUGGGGUAUGGCACCGUCGGUUGUUGCAGCUUGGCGAUGCUGUUAGUAGAACUACUAGUGGCAAAGGGUUGGGAAAUCUACAAAAUUGUAAAAGUCUACAAGACUGAAACAUCUCGCAAAUGAAUCGGUAGAGGUUAAAAGUGAGCUUUUGUGACUGGACAUGUAUAACUUUAGGCGCUUUGUUGUUGUCCAUUGUAAAACAGCUCUAUAUAACUGCACUUUUCACAAACACAUUCAUUUCAUUCAU